AUGAUAACGAUCCCUUACCUCACGGUCGUAUCCACAUACUUCAGCUACGGCUUGCGCUUCGCCUUUGGACAGCUUCGAGACUACUCCCGUCUUAUCGUCGAUUGGUGCUCCACCAACAAUCUCCAGGGAUACGCCCCCAUCUGCUUGGCUCAUGAGGAUUUCUACAUCAGACGCUUGUAUCAUCGGAUUCAGGAUUGUUUUAAUCGUCCCAUAUCAAUGCUCCUGAUUCUUGGGUUGAUGUUAGCGAGAGGUACUCUACUGACAACAACAAGACUCUCAAGGACUACAUCUGUGCAUGCUGAAAUUGAAGAAUGUGUUGCCAAGUAUGUGGGGAAACCUGCUGCUAUUGUCACUGGCAUGGGCUUCACAACAAACUCUGCUAUUAUUCCUGUCUUGAUCGGAAAGGGAGGGUUGAUAAUAAGUGAUUCUUUGAACCAUACUUCUAUUGUCAAUGGUGCCCGAGGUUCAGGAGCCACUAUCCGCAUUUUCCAACACAACAGUAACCAUUUCUUAUCCAGAUUGUUUUCCAUUUAA